GAAGGCCUCUAUUUCCCUUCGUUAGUGGAUCAUACGCAUGUUUUAUGGUCCCCAGCCCCCAUCUCACCAUCUUUUCUCCUCCGGUCUGCCCAGGCGGGGCCUCGCUCACGUCCCUCUCUGAGGCCAGAUGUUCUCAGCCUGGAAGAGACUAAUGUUCCUGUCUGUUCAUGAGGACUCUGGGCCCAUCAUGGCCUCUUCUAGUGCCGACGUGCUCAACAUCACCUCGCAAGUCCUUGCGCCUGCUCUCAAUGGGACCCUCUCCCAGAGCAGUACCUGCUUCCCAUCUGAGUGGUGGAGCUGGCUCAACUCCAUCCAGGCCCCCUUCCUCUGGGUCCUGUUCGUGCUGGCGGCCUUCGAGAACCUCUUUGUCCUCAGUGUCUUCUGCCUGCACAAGAGCAGCUGCACGGUGGCAGAGAUCUACCUGGGCAACCUGGCCGCAGCAGACCUGAUCCUGGCCUGCGGGCUGCCCUUCUGGGCCAUCACCAUCGCCAACAAUUUCGACUGGCUCUUUGGGGAGUUCCUCUGCCGCGUGUUGAACACCAUACUCUACAUGAAUCUCUACAGCAGCAUCUCUUUCCUGAUGCUGGUGAGCAUCGACCGUUACCUGGCCCUGGUGAAAACCAUGUCCAUGGGCCGGAUGCGCGGGGUGCGCUGGGCCAAACUCUACAGCCUGGUGAUCUGGGGGUGUGCGCUGCUCCUGAGCUCGCCCAUGCUGGCCUUCCGGACCAUGAGGGAGUACAGAGACGAGGGCCACAACGUCACUGCCUGCAUCAUCAUUUACCCAUCCCGCACCUGGGAGGUGUUCACCAACAUCCUCCUGAACUUCGUGGGCUUCCUGUUGCCCCUGUGCGUCAUCAGCUUCUGCACGGUGCAGAUCAUGGGGGUGCUGCGCAACAACGAGAUGCAGAAGUUCAAGGAGAUCCAGACAGAGAGGAAGGCCACGGUGCUCGUCCUGGCCGUGCUGCUGCUGUUCAUCGUCUGCUGGCUGCCCUUCCAGAUCAGCACCUUCCUGGACACGCUGCUGCGCCUCGAAAUCCUCUCCAGCUGCUGGGAUGAGCACGUCAUCGACGUCUUCACGCAGAUCUCCUCCUACGUGGCCUACAGCAACAGCUGCCUCAACCCGCUGGUGUAUGUGAUCGUGGGCAAACGCUUCCGCAAGAAGUCGCGGGAGGUGUACCAGGGACUGUGCCAGAAAGGGGGCUGCAUGUCGGAGCCCAACAAGACGGAGAGCUCCCUGGGCACGCUGCGGACCUCCGUCUCGGUGGAACGCCAGAUUCACAAAUUACCAGAGUGGGUGGGGAGCAGCCCACCGCGAGAGAGCAGCAGUGGGAGUGGAUGCCAGCAGGGCUACUAGUAAUGUGCGUGAGGAUUGAUGGACAGCUGCUCUUCAGGAUGUGCCUAAGAAGGAAAGGAAGUUAUCCCAUGUGCGACCUUGGGCACGAGGCAGUGUCUCCAUUAAAAUACAGGAGCAUAAUUUGCCUGCCCAAGUUGCCGUAUGCAAGGCUGUGAGGAUGGGGUGACCUUAUGCACCGCAAGGGCUCCAUAAAUACGACAGUAUUAUUGUUCUUACUUGCUGCCACCCCUGGGCCAGUCUGCUCCUUCCCGGGAGUGGAGGUGACCUGGGGGCAGGGACAGGAGUGACUGAGCUUUUCUCCCACGUGGUGACCCACCCUGCCCCAGCGUGACAGCUCAGAUCUCCAGAAGAACUGUCAUCCCAGCUUUGGUGCAGUGGCUGAAUGCACACACAAGGCCUGGCUGAAUUUUUCCCUUAGGUCUCUUACAUCCACUCAGCUAGGACUUUGGAGGAUGGUUUCUCAGACUGAUGAAGGUUAAACUCUGAGGGAUCCCUGGUAGGAACCCAGAGACCAGGACUCUGUGGCUCCCCUCGCUCAUGGACAAGGUGGCCUGAGCCAACAAAGAACCCAAUAAGCACUUAUCCAGCACUUGCUGUAUACGCAGCACUGAGCACUGUGGCAAGAGGGAAGAAAGAGACAGUGCGCCCUCCGUCUUGAAGGAACUCGCAGACUCACAUGGGGAUGACAGCGCAUGUGCAACCACCAGAAGGCUGUUCUACAACUGGUCAUCCAUGGCACUGCGGGCGGUGAGGGGAGAGGGGUGAGGAGUCUGGCGUCCCGGCUCAGCUGACAACUAGUUGCACAUUGCCUUGUCCCUGCCUCAGUUUCCUCCUCUGUAAUAAGAUGUUGGUGUACCUGGAAAAGUCAAAGGUGCUAUGUAGACAUGAGGCUUUAUCAUGCACACAGAACACAGAUAAAUUUAUUAUCAGGAAAAAGACACAGGUGUAGCACAGCUCUGUAGAGGGGAAUCAGUGUUGUAGCUAAUGGUUGUGUAAAGCGCCUGUCAGUGUCUGGCACACAGUAGGCGCUCAAUGGUCUUAGCCCCCUGCCACCUUUCCUUCCCCUGGCUCUGGCCCCCACCCCCCAACAUGUGCACAAACAGGCAUUUUGGAGGAAGGCCACUUCCUCACUGUUGGAUUUGUGACGAGGCAGAGAGAAGGUUCCUGAUCUGACUGGUCCAGGGAACCCCAGGGCUCAGAGCCUCAGCAACUAAGGGGCACCAACCAAAGGUUUAUCUGAAGGUGGCCCAGUGGGGGCCACCCCAGGGCGGCAGACCAAUGAUACAGGCACGCAGGUCAUUUACCCCAAAGCUUUGCUCCCAGGACCAACCUCCCUUACACAGUGGGCUGAGCGCCUCCCGGGUGUCACCCACAGCCCUGGGCCAGCAAGGCCUGCGUCCCGGCUGGGAUGCCUGGGCCGGGGCGCUUGUGAAAGUGAAGAAGCCCUGGGGACACGGCCCCACACAAGGAAUAGGUCCACGCUGAGAUGGGAAAACGCCCUCCCCAGGCGGCCUCCCAGCUGAUCAUUUGCCCAAAGAACCAGCGAAGGACCGAGGCUCUGCCUCUGGUGGGCGGGGCAGGGGCGGGGCAGGCCAGGGAUGGGCCGAGCGGAGGGUGGGUCCCAGGUGUCAGGCAGGAGGAAACUGCACCAGCAGCCUUGGCCAGAGGCUUAAGAGACAGCCCUGCCUCCCAAGCCCCAGGUCCUCCAGGAAGAAUUCCUUUCUUUUUCUACGCAUCUUAAAAUCCGCCUGCUGUGGCCGGCACCGUGCCAAGCCCCCAGGGAGACAGGGAGGACGCACCACCCAGGCUCCAAGACCCAGCCACUUAGAACCAAGGCAGGGAGGGCCACUCAGUAGCAAUGGACUUGGGAGCUACCCAGGAUGGUAAGGCAGGCAUGCCCGGGCAGCGCGCACUCGCUCAAUAAAAUAAAUGAGUAUUUAUCAGCGGACUCUCCCUGGAGAGGAUAGAAGCUGGAGGACCGGGGGUUUGGGAUGGCAAAGAGCCCAUAAGUCUUGACCAAGUCAGCUCUGGGCUUUAAAACAAAAAGAGUCAUAAAAGAUUCCCUCCCAUCCCAGCUUUUCUCGCCCCUCUGCCCACACCCCUCUGCUCCAGUAAACAUACACACUUGUAGCUGCAGAAAGAAAACAGGUGAAGUAAGAGGUAGGAACGUUUAGUAUUAGAAUGAAGCUAAGCCAUGCGCUAUUGUGAAUGAAAAAAAAGGAGGCUGCGCUUUGUAAUGUGUAGCACUCAUUCAUCAGAGGGUGUGCGAUGGUCUGAGAGUCUCAUAUGAGCAGAGCCACAUCACAGCCCUGGGCUCCUAAUGGUCAUUCAAGGGUCCGUGUGUGGUUUGAGGAGCAGCCGGUCUGUGGGAGGGGAGCUGCCCUGGGGGUUGUGUUGAUACUGUGAUAAAGAACAUCUGUCCUGUGAAAGACCCAAAGAUGCUGUUACAUUGUAGAGGAAGCAUUUCACCUCCAAUGAGAAAACGGAUGUAACGUGUCUUUUCUGUACCGCGUAAUAAACAGAUGAGGAGUUUUUGCACAACUCUCUCGUUUGUGACAAUUCCCAAAACCCUGAGUUUUGUCAGGGACACUGCCGUGGAAGUCAGAAGCCCUGGGGGGGGUUCCAUUUUUUCC